GGGCUACAUCUUACCGCGGAGUGAACAGCGGUAUCAUAAACAGCGUGCGUGUGUUGUAAUUGUGUCCAUGAACCGCUGGGAGAGACUCUCUCUCUUUCUCUCUCUGUUCUCUCGUAAUAGGAGGAGAGAUGCUGGAUUCAGGAGAAGGUCCGCCAUUAUUGGGAAGCUGAAAAAAAUAGACUUAUACACACCGUCACACAUUUAGCCUGUAAGGGGCUUAACAUUAGAAAGGAAAACACAACGGUUACCGACGAGCUGUUGUACACCAAAAAUCAGCGCUUUGCUAAAUGAAGGCAGGACAUUGCGUUCGCGUUUCUCUACGGACUCUUUUAUUUUUGACACAACAAAGGAAAUAAUAAUUGGUCAAAACAACGUGGUGGUGAACCAAGAAGGAAAAACACACCGAAACAGCGCUUUCCAACGCCUCCCCCUUUUCUCCUCGUUUCCAGCCGUGGUGAAAAGACGAGUUUGAACAGCAUUUUUUUUUUCUUUUCUUGACGAGAAUUUAGUUGUUUGUUCCCCCCUCUUCUAAGACAUAGAUAGAUAGAGAGAGAGAAAAGGAGAGAUGUGCAUCUGAAAACUUCGGACUGAUGAAAACGAGCACUUAACGUGGGGAGCAAUGGACAGACAGCCCGUUUACUGAAAAAGAGGCGGAAAAUAAUCGAUGUGAGUGCUUGUAGGGAGUGUUUUUGUCUGUUUUUUAAAAAGUCUUUCACCGGUUGUGAGUCGCAGAGUCGCAGAGGGAGAAAGAAAGGAGUGGACGCGAGCUGGACAGGGAGGAAUGCUAUGGGCCAGACCCCAGCCCAGUGAGCUCCCCUUGCAUGGAAACCAUCCUUCGUUGGCAGCCUCCUCCUCUCCCUAAAGCUAGCGGCCAGCAUGGCAGGAUGAGCCUCUGCCAGCGAUGAUGAUGGCCAAAAAGCAAGAUGUCCGGGCACCCACCUACAACCUGGUCGUGGUUGGGCUGUCCGGCACGGAGAAGGAGAAAGGCCAGUGUGGUGUGGGCAAGUCCUGCCUGUGUAACCGCUUUGUCCGGCCAAGUGCAGAUGACUUCUACCUAGACCAUACCUCCGUUCUCAGCACCAGUGACUUUGGAGGCCGUGUGGUGAACAAUGACCACUUCCUGUUCUGGGGUGAGGCUGGGCGGACGAUGGAGGAGGGGCCAGAAUGCCGUAUGAAUGUGGUGGAGCAGACAGAGUUCAUUGAUGAUCAGACGUUCCAGCCACACCGAAGCACGGCACUCCAGCCUUACAUCAAGAGGGCAGCUUCCACCAAGCUAGCUUCAGCUGAGAAGCUGAUGUACUUUUGCACAGAUCAGCUGGGGCUGGAGCAGGACUUUGAGCAGAAACAGAUGCCUGAAGGCAAGCUUAUGGUGGAUGGCUUCUUACUCUGUGUGGAUGUUAGCAGGGGUAUGAACCGUAGCUUUGAGGACCAGAUGAAGUUUGUCACCAACCUGUACAACCAGCUAGCCAAAACGAAGAAACCUGUGGUACUGGUUCUUACCAAAUGUGAUGAAGGAGUUGAGCGCUAUAUUAAAGACUCACACACCUUUGCCCUCGCCAAGAAGAACCUACAGGUGGUAGAAACAUCAGCACGCUCUAAUGUCAAUGUUGACCUAGCUUUUCUUACACUGGUUCAGCUAAUAGACAAGGGUAGGGGAAAGCCCAAAAUUAUCCCUUACUUUGAGGCACUGAAACAGCAGAGUCAACAAAUUGCCUCAGCCAAAGACCGCUAUGAGUGGCUGGUCAACCGCAUCGUGAAGAACCACAAUGAGACAUGGCCCACUGUCAGUCGCCGCAUGCAGUCUGCCCCUGAGUACAAGGACUAUGUUUUCCUUGAGGGGACAGCUAAAGCCAAGAAGCUUUUCCAGCAGCAUGUGCACAGACUUAAACAAGAGCAUAUAGAGAAACGCAGGAAGGCCUAUCUAACUACUCUACCACAGGCCCUGUCUUCACUGUUACCAGAGUUGGAUGAGAUAGAUCACCUGAGCUGGUCUGGAGUUCAGAAAGUCCUGGAGACAAAGAGAGAAUUCUCCCAUUGGUUUGUAGUGCUAGAUGACACCCCUUGGGAGACCACACCACACAUUGAUAACAUGGAGGAUGAUCGAAUCCCCCAGGACCUUCUGGAGACCCCUGCAGCUGAAGUUAUCUAUGAGACCCACCUGGAGCAGCUAAGGAAUGAGCGCAAACGGGCUGAGAUGAGAUGGGAGUUCAAGGAGAAGCUAAGUGUCUCUCCUUUCAUCACACCAGGGAAACCCUGGGAGGAAGCCCGAAGCUUCAUCAUGAAUGAAGACUUCUACCAGUGGCUGGAUGAGGCUGAAUAUCUGGAUAUCUACAACAAACACCAGAAGGAAAUAAUUGACAGAGCCAAAGAGGACUUUCAGGAACUGCUUCUUGAAUACUCUGAGCUCUUUUAUGAGCUAGAAGUGGAUGCAAAGCCAAGUAAAGAGAAAAUGGGAGCCAUUCAGGAGGUGUUGGGGGAGGAGCAAAGGUUUAAAGCCCUGCAGAAGCUGCAGGCAGAAAGGGAUGCUCUGGUAUUGAAACAUAUCCACUUUGUCUACCACCCCACAAAGGACACAUGUCCCAACAGUCCCCACUGUGUGGACAGUAAGAUAGAGCAGAUACUGGCCUCCAGAUUCCCUACUCGCUACCCCUCAUCAGACAGUUCAAGACUGGAUGGGGGAAGGGCUGAACGGAUAAAUCUUGUCAUCCUAGGGAAAGAUGGGUUAGCCAGAGAAAUGGCAAAUGAGAUAAGGGCCUUGUGCACCAGUGAUGACCGGUACGUGUUAGAUGGCAAGAUGUAUGAGUUAACCCUUCGUCCUAUCGAGGGCAACGUACGUCUGCCAGUCAAUUCCUUCCACACACCAACGUUCACACCCCAUGGUUGCCUGUGUUUGUACAACUCAAAGGAAUCCCUCUCGUAUGUUGUCGAGAGUAUAGAGAAGCUUAGGGAGUCAACUAUAAACAGAAGGGAAAGGGAAAACAGCUUAUCCCAACUCCCGCUGUCCCUCCUUCUGGUCACCAAGCGGGGGGUGGGGUCCAUAGGAGAUAUUGGGGGGGAGACGGCUCAGACUCUUAUCCAACAAGGGCAGCAGGUGUCUGGAAAGCUUCAGUGUGCAUACCUAGACCCUGCCUCUCCAGGUAUGGGUUACACUCGCAAUGUCAGUGAGAAGCAGAUCAACCAGAUGCUGAAGGCACUCUUAGAAUCACGGAGAAGCGUAGGGAGCAGCUCCCCACCCUUGCCCCCUCCAUCCUCUGCCUUCAGGGACUCUCAGUCCCAGCCAGUGCUGGAGGCAGACCUGAGGAUAGUCAUGUGCCUGAUGUGUGGAGACACGUAUGACCUAGACCAGCUCCUCUCUCCCUUCCUGUUGCCCCAGCAUUGUCGUCCUGCCUCUACUCUCAGCAGUGGCACCUCCGUUCUGCUGGAUCUCAGUAUAGGAGGUCAGAGGCAGAAUAUUGAGCUGUCAAUACUCUCUUUCCAUUCCUCAUUUUCCCUCCGUAAGACCAGGCUGGUUCACGGCUACAUCGCAGUUUACUCUGCACGCCGCAAGGCCUCUAUGGAGACAUUAUGUGCUUUCCUGUGUGAGGUCCAAGACAUCAUCCCAGUCCAGUUGCUAGCAGUAGGGGAAAGCCAGAUGGAGCUGUCAGACUCAGAGUCAGCUAAGGAGCAGGUCAGUCAGGGAGAUGAACUGGCCCAUGAAAUAGAGGCCAGGUUUAACACAGUAAUAUGUGGACAUGGUGGGGUAGUAGGGGGACUUCAUAAGAUAGAUCUUUUCCAACCCUUCCUCAAAGAGGUGGUAGAGAAGCGCACUAUUGUUGAGGCCACACACAUGUAUGAUCAUGUGGCUGAGGCAUGUACCAAUGAGAGCAUCAGCCCUCGUUGUGGCUCUCCUAGUCCAGUUAACAUUCUUAUGGACUCAGAGGACGAUAUCGACCCAUCACCUCCUUAUCCUACCCUGAGGGAGGAUAGUAGUCUCAGUUCUCACCUUGGAAGCUUCAAGUUGCCAGAUCUGGAUUCAAGUGAUACUUUUUCUGUCAUUUCUGAGCUUAGCACCUUUGAGAGCAAACUUAACAACAAGGUUCCUCCUCAAGUGAAGCCCAAGCCUGUCCGUAAAGUUAAUCUCAGCCCCUACAUGGACCAGCAAGGUGGCACCAACCGCCGCUCCUUGCCCCAAGCUGUCACCUGGGCUCCAGGUAGCGACGGUGGCUAUGACCCCUCAGACUACGCAGAGCCCAUGGAUGCUGUGAGCAAACCUCGACCCACAGAAGAGGAGAAUAUUUACUCUGUCCCUCACGACAGCACACAAGGAAAGAUUAUCACUAUCCGCAACGCCAACAAAGGUCACUCCAACGGGAGCGCUGGGGGGAAUGGGUCAGACAGUGAGGCUGAUAGCAGCUCACUCGAGCGCAGGAGAAAGUUGUCCGCCAUUGGGGUAAAGCCUAAGCUUUACAGAGACAGAUCCAAACGGCUGGGCAAGUUCAGCAGUUUUAGGACAAGCUUCUCUAUAGGCAGUGAUGAUGAGAUGGGGGGUCCACCCAAGGCUAGCCAGGAUGAGGGAGGAGCCCAAAAGGACAACUCCAUUGAAGAGAGUGAGGACCCCAAAAGGAGGAAUAUCCUCAAGAGCCUGCGCAGAAAUACGAAGAAACCACGAGCGAAACCGAGGCAUUCCAUCUCCAAACCCAAUGAAAGCAACUACUUCGGCAUGCCACUGGCCACCGUGGUCACCCCUGAGAGGCCAAUCCCAGUCUUCAUUGAGAAGUGCAUCCGUUUCAUUGAAACGACAGGCUUGAGCACAGAGGGCAUCUACAGGGUCAGCGGGAACAAGGCAGAGAUGGAGAGCAUGCAGCGCCAAUUUGACCAAGACCACAACCUGGACCUGGUGGAGAAAGACUUCACCAUGAACACAGUAGCAGGAGCCAUGAAGGCCUUCUUCUCAGAGCUCCCGGAGCCUCUGGUGCCCUACAGCAUGCAGGGAGAGCUGGUGGAGGCCUUCAAGAUCAACGAUAGGGAGCAGCGCUUCCAGACGAUGAAGGACAUUCUGCGCCGCUUCCCCAAGGAGAAUUACGAGGUCUUCAAAUAUGUCAUCAGCCACUUGAACAAGGUGAGUCAGAACAACAAGGUAAACCUGAUGACCAGUGAGAACCUGUCCAUCUGUUUCUGGCCCACACUGAUGAGACCAGACUUCACCACCAUGGACGCUCUGACUGCCACCCGCACCUACCAGACAAUCAUCGAGAGCUUCAUCCACCAGUGCGCGUACUUCUUCUACAAUCAGCCUCUGGCAGACGGCCUCCCUGGCUCCCCCACCUCUACGCUCUCCUCUGGGGGAGGAACCUCCGCCUACUCCUGCAUGGCUGGAGGCUACUCAUCCUCACCGACUCCGUCCCCGACUCCCUACGUCCUCCCCGCCACCCCUCCUGUCAUUCCACACUAUGGGCCUCCUAUCCACCACCACCACCAUCACCACCACCACCACCACCAACACCACCAACACCAUCAACACCAACAUCAGUCCCCACCCCACUCCCCACCUCCUACCCCCCAGUCCCCAAUCCCAGCCCUGCUGCCGCCCUCUCUGCAUCCUCACCACCCCCCUACGGAACAACACACGCUGUGAACCAGGGAUCAAGGGAAAGAGAAGAAGGAAAAAAACGAGGAAGAUAACAAGAUUGAGAAAGGUUUAAGGGUUCAGAAAUAGAGAUCUUGAAGUUUGGGAAGGGACUAAAGAAGAUAAAUUGAAAUGAGAACAGGAGGUAGGAGGAGAAGAUGGGAGAGAAUGAGUGAGCCGCAGUAUGUACAGGGAGAAAAACCUACAUAUUUGGGAGAAGAAGGGGGUGUUUGAGCCUCCGUUGCUUUUAGAAUAAUGGACACAGACACACACAAGACAGAAAAGGGGAACACUGAUGAGCCUCUGAACUGACAGAAUGAUCUUUUUCCCUCCUCCCCACUUUAUCCCUUUGUCUCUCAGUCUCACUUCAUCUAGACCUGCCCUCCUUGCCUUAUAGAGAACCUACACACAAACACACUAAUGAAGAGUGAGAUGUUGCCAGUAACUGUUAAAGGGACUCAGGGAGGGACUCUGAAGUCAAGUGCAGGGGGAAUGUGAACUCUGAUACGUUGGGAUUGCUUCACACACACACACACACACACACACACACACACAAACAGCAACACACUUGACACAAACAUCCAGUGGCCAUUGUGCCUCCGACAACCAUUCUCCUCAAUCCCAUAGCCUCUAACUGUGCUGGGAAUUUUGUUGGCCGGCAAACUUUUUUUUUUUGCAAACGGACCUACCUGCUGUACCUACCUGGAGGCCGUGGCUGGGACAAAGUGGAGGCAGAGAGCGAGUCCUGAACACGUUUGUUUAUUUCACCACUGUACGGAGAGGACUUAAAUAAGAAACACGUGUUGCUACUCACCCAACAGGAUGUUCUGUCCUCCGCAACUCACACAUUCCUAACUGUCAACCACACACACACACACACACACAAGUGCGCACACACACACACACACACACACACACACACACACACACACACACACACAGACACUCAGACAAAAUCAGUUUCAGUCGACACAGUAUGCCAAGCACAGAAAACAAAAAUCUCAACUGACUGGAUCUUGCUGGGCAGCAAAUUGGAGCAAAGGAUUAUGGGUGCCCUCAAACCCUUGGCUCCACCCAUCUCUCUCGGUUUGAACUUUGACCUCAUGCCCUGUCCUUGUAAACAAACAAAGCAAGCAGCUUAAAAAGUAGAUUUGCUUUUUUUUUAAUUGGUCUAAAUCUCGAUUCUACAUUCACAUUCCCAUGGUGUUUUUCUGUUAUGUUCUUCAUUUGAGAAAACACACAGACCCGAGCCUAUCUGUCAAUGAAUGGACUUGUGUGUAAGUGUCUGGCUGGCUGACUAUCUGUCUGUCUGCACCUGUAUCCAUGCCUUUUUGUUUUACCUGAAUUUACCUGUAUAAGGCAGAUAGUGGGAAUAAUUCCAGUGUUGGACCUUCACCUGUCAUGUUACUUCACUCACGCUGUGGUGGUUUUAAAAGUGAGUCAGUGCUGCAGUUUUCAUAGUAAGGACCUUGUUCAAAAAGCACUUUUCUGAGCACUUUGAAGGCACAUUUUAAAUUGGAGCUGCCAUGACAUGACAGCCACAGUUCACUUUAUUGUCAGUCCACCCUACCCUCUUUCUCUCUCUCUCUCUCUCUCUCUCUCUCACUCUCUCUCUCUGGGAGCACACCACUGACAUCUAGAGGAAGAAAUUAAUAUUGCAGCCAUAACCUCACUUCCACUACUGCAUGGGCGUAGCACCAUUUUCCUGCUGUGGUUUUUGUAGCAUCAGAUUCUCUUAUAGGUCCAAUUGUCGAGAUUCAUCUUCGUUGUAUGUCUGAUGAAAUUAAAUUUAGAGCUCAUGAAGUGUAAGAGUGUAAAUAAAAGAAAAAAAAACGCAGUUUUAAAUUUGGUACACAUCAGCUGAGAUUACAUAGAUCCAGGCUCUGUUGCCACAAAGCAUGUGGCCACAUUGCAGUUGGUUAGACAUGCAGUGAAUGAAAUUGCCUCUCUGUCUUUUGUUAUUAGUUUCCACUUCCCUGUGUGCACCAAAACACCCAGCCAUUUGUAAAGAAGUGCAUACCACCUCCAAGAUGAGGAAAUGAUGACUUACAUGAUUGUGGCACAAUGUAGCAUUACAGACCAGAAAGUAAGAGCUGGGAAUUAGGCUCAAGCCUUGACAGGUGGGAGGCUUUGGCUUAUGGUUGGAAAUAAUUGGCAACCACCACUCCAGGCCUCAGCAUGCUGUCCUCUUAGGACACAGUGUUAUGCCUCUGGAAAGGAGACUCAAACCUGCUCUCAGUGGACUCGAAAUAUAAUUUGCAAGAGUGUAACCACUACACCAGAUUCCCCCCUAGUCAUUCCCUGUCCAAGAGAGACAGUUGGGUCUGGGAGAGACAGCAGACAGAACAGACAGUCCAUUCAUCCGUCUGCAUGACUGGAAUGGAGCAUCACAGAAUUCCUCGGCCCGGCCUGCUGUUACCAUAGAAACCAGCGAGAUGGGACUCGAGGAGAAUUGCUGAGCCCUGAUCGAAGCUUUUUAAAGUGUGUGUGUGUGCACGCAUACGUGUCUCUGUGUUUGUGUGAGCUCGAGAAAGAGUGUGCGCUUGCGAACUUACGUGUGUUAACGCUAAGCAGAUGCUCGCCAAGGUCACUUAUUCUGUUUGACACUAAAUUGCAUCUCUGCAUGUCUCCCUAGAUUGCCCUCUCUGCCCAAAAGGAAAGAAAAAACCCUUUUAACAAAUCACUGAACUCUUAAAGGAGCUUUUAUCAGUCUACACUACCUAUUUACCUUAUGUGCGGGUGUAUUUGUGUGUUUGUGUGUGUGCUAUAGAGUUAUUAAGAGUGAAUGUUUGGGUGGGUUCGAGCUAACAUGCUAGCAAGCGGUGCUUGGCAGACGGCCAGACACCAGCGUGAUCCAAACAAACGUGAAGGAGAGGAAUGCAGUUCUCCUUGCGGUCAUUACCCCUCUGUGUAACCCUGUUAGCUCGUCCAGAUUACACACACUGAUCCUCAGAGAAAGUGUGAGAGAGAUGAGAUGGGGGAGAGUGAGAGGGAGGGAAGACAGACAGACAGCAAAUGGGUGAAUGGGAUCAUUAUUUGGGAGACGGAGGGAGGAAGGAGGGGUACCACUGGUACUUGUGUGUGUGAACGUCGGCCAGUGGCGUUCCCUGUGUAUAUCAAUGUGUUAAUACUGAACUGACUGUGAGGCAGCCAAAGACUGUGGAAAAAAGGGUCGAGGUAAAGAUGGGAAGCAAAGUGACAGUUUAGAAGAACAAUUGAAUUAAAAAUGUGACUUUGGUUCAGCGGUAAUAUGUGGCUGCAUUGCUUUUCUUUUUUUUUUUUCUUUUUUUUUUUGCAACAAUGGUGACAGAUGUCUGUUAAGUUAAAAUGAGAAACAAGCAAAACUAUAUUCAAAUGGUUGUUUAUUGGUAUGUUAGGGGUCUAACACUUUGCCCUUUAGUCAGUGGUGAUAGAAAAAAAAAGUUUCUUUUUAUGUUUUAUUUUAAUAAUUAAAAAAUACAAAGCAUUUUUUUUUUUUUUUUUUUAACAAUUUCUUUGUGAACGACUGAGAGACCAGCCCAGUAUAGUGCAUGAUUUCUUCCCGAUCAAGGAAGAGGGCUCCACCACUCUCAUUAUUUAAAGAGAUGAUAAAAAAAAAAAAUAUUAAGAAAUGAUGGGGCGGGGGGGAGAAAAUAUUAAAAAAAAUAAUAAAUGAAGUACUGUAAACUGAAAAGAUAACAUCAAACAAAAAAACUGUCAUUAUUUGCUGAGUAUGGUAAUUUGUCUAAAUGGGAAUGGUGUAUACAGCAAGGCCUUAUGUGAUCUGUAUCAUAGUUAAUAAAUCAAAUCUUGUAAAACU